CCCCGGCCCGAGCCCGAGGCGGGUGCAGCCUGGGUUCCCGCGGCCGCGCAGUGCCCUGCAUCUGUGGCCGGCCCGAGCCGCGGCGACGCGGCAGGUACCCCAGGAGCCACCCACGUCCCCACCUAAGCCCUCUGCUGCCUUGUCUCAGCUGCCCCUGCUGGGGUAGCCGCCGCCAUGUUCUCAGGCGCGAAGCCCUACGAGGGCCAGAACUACUCGGCUCUGAAGCGGGCCUGUCUGCGCAAGAAGGUGCUCUUUGAGGACCCCAACUUCCCGGCCACCGACGACUCCCUGUACUAUAAGGGCACCCCGGGGCCCACUGUCAGGUGGAAGCGGCCCAAGGACAUAUGUGAGGACCCCCGCCUUUUUGUGGAUGGCAUCAGUUCCCACGACCUGCACCAGGGCCAAGUGGGCAACUGCUGGUUUGUGGCAGCCUGUUCGUCACUCGCCUCCCGGGAGUCGCUGUGGCAGAAGGUCAUCCCAGACUGGAAGGAGCAGGAGUGGGACCCCGAGAAACCCAGUGCCUAUGCGGGCAUCUUCCACUUUCACUUCUGGCGCUUUGGGGAGUGGGUGGACGUGGUCAUCGACGACCGACUGCCCACAGUCAACAACCAGCUCAUCUACUGCCACUCCAACUCCCGCAGCGAGUUCUGGUGCGCCCUGGUGGAGAAGGCCUAUGCCAAGCUGGCGGGCUGUUACCAGGCCCUGGAUGGAGGCAACACGGCGGAUGCGCUGGUGGACUUCACAGGCGGCGUUUCUGAGCCCAUCGACCUGACUGAGGGUGGCUUCGCCAACGAUGAAGCCAAGAGGAACCAGCUCUUUGAGCGUGUGUUGAAGGUGCACAGCCGGGGAGGCCUCAUCAGUGCCUCCAUCAAGGCAGUGACGGCUGCGGACAUGGAGGCCCGCCUGGCGUGUGGCCUGGUGAAGGGACAUGCAUAUGCCAUCACUGAUGUGCGCAAGGUGCGCCUGGGCCACGGCCUGCUUGCCUUCUUCAAGUCGGAGAAGCUGGACAUGAUCCGCCUGCGUAAUCCCUGGGGCGAGCGGGAAUGGAACGGGCCCUGGAGUGACACCUCAGAGGAGUGGCAGAAAGUGAGCAAGAGUGAGCGGGAAAAGAUGGGUGUGACCGUGCAGGAUGACGGGGAGUUCUGGAUGACCUUCGAGGACCUGUGCCGAUAUUUCACUGACAUCAUCAAGUGCCGCGUGAUCAAUACAUCGUACCUGAGCAUCCACAAGACGUGGGAGGAGGCCCGGCUGUGUGGCGCCUGGACGCGGCACGAAGACCCCCGGAAGAAUCGCAGCGGGGGCUGCAUCAACCACAAGGACACCUUCUUUCAGAACCCGCAGUACAUCUUUGACGUCAAGAAGCCAGAAGAUGAAGUGCUGAUCUGCAUCCAGCAGCAGCCCAAACAGUCCACCCGCCGGGACGGCAAGGGUGAAAAUCUGGCCAUUGGCUUUGACAUCUACAAGGUGGAGGAGAACCGGGAGUACCGCAUGCAUGGUCUGCAGCACAGGGCCGCCAGCUCCAUCUACAUCAACUCACGCAGCGUCUUCCUGCGGACGGACCAGCCCGAGGGCCGCUAUGUCAUCAUCCCCACCACCUUCGAGCCGGGCCACACUGGCGAGUUCCUGCUUCGGGUCUUCACUGAUGUGCCCUCCAACUGCCGGGAGCUGCGCCUGGAUGAGCCCCCCCGCUCCUGCUGGAGCUCCUUGUGCGGCUAUCCCCAGCAGGUGACCCAGGUACACAUCCUACGGGCUACUGGUCUCAAGGACUCCUCGACAGGGGCCAACUCUUACGUGAUCAUCAAGUGUGAGGGGGACAAAGUCCGCUCGGCUGUACAGAAAGGUACAUCGACACCCGAGUACAACCUGAAAGGUAUCUUCUACCGCAAGAAGCCAAGCCAGCCCAUCACAGUCCAGAUCUGGAACCACCGAGUCCUGAAGGACGAAUUCCUGGGCCAGGUGCACCUGAAGGCCGACCCAGAUGACCUCCAGGCCCUGCACACCCUCCACCUCCAGGACCGCGGCAGCCGGCAGCCCAGCGACCUGCCGGGCACCGUUGCUGUGUGUGUCUUCAGCAGCACCUCCCUCAUGGCCGUCUGACCCCUGCCACCCCCCCACCUGGCCUCCACAGUCUUACCACCUUCUGCAUGUCCCCAACCAGGCCAGGGACUGGCUUGGGAGCCAGGACACUGGGGGUCCUUUCCCAGCUUUUCUACUGACUUGCCAUGUGACCUUGGGAGGCCUCUGCCCCUCUCAGGGCCUCGGUGUCCCAAGGGCCCCGAAGCAUUCCCUGCUCACGGAGGAGUCUUCCUGCCUGAGAUUUACAAUAGCUCUUCUGACCCCAGCUGUCACCACUGCUAAGGGACUCUUAUCCGUUGAAAAUGUUUUCUCAAGGCCCCGCUGUCUGCCGACGGAGUGCCAAGAUGUCACUUGUUUACACAGACCUCCCACGUGCCCAGCACCCCCCCCCCCACCGUGCCCCAGACCUUGCUUUCUCUGUCCCCUACACCUGGUUUUCUAGCCACCUUGAAAGGACCCUCGGCUCUUGCUUAGGCUGGAAUUAGGAAAAUGCGCAGGUGACAUUUCUUCAUUUCUCUCAUCCUGCCCACUUGCCCGUUCAUCUGUUUAUUCCACAGAGGUUUGCCAAAUGAAUAAACGAUGCCCAUGAGACCCCCGGUGGAGCUGGGGCCCUCCGUGCAGCUCUGGGAGACCCGGCCUCCAUCGGGGGCCUCACCCCUGCCCGGGGCCUCGCAGAGAUUGACGCCCAGACACGGCUGCGGCCUCACCCCGAGUUCUGAUUUCGCACCUAGCCGCUGGGUGAGGCCGCAGUGGGACAGUGGCAUCCGCCUGCCUCCACUGCCUUUGUGCCAGGAGUGCCCCCCCUGCCCCGUUGGUGGGCCAGGAGGGUGAGGGGGGGUCAUGGCACCUGAAGGGAGGCACAUGCUUUCCAGCCCCCCUCCGCUGCAACACCUGGGCUUUUCCUGGGAGGAGGGACCCUGGGUGGCGGCCUCAGGUCCACUAGGCUCAGAUGACUUGUUGGGCUUGGCAGGAGGCCGGCAAAUCCAUCGCCUGCCCAGAGGCCUGUCUUCCAACAUUCCCCCCAAAAUGCAGCCCUCUUCUUGCUGCCUGGACCAACACAUUCCUUUAGUCCUCAAUCUUUUAUAGUCUUUCGUGUUAUCAUUUUUAACCAGGAGUUUUUCAAGGAAAACUGAAAGCCUGAGCCCCUUUUUCCAUCAUCAACUCCGGUUCCCGGGGUUCCCCCGAUUUUAUUUUCACUCUGCCGGGGGAGGGGGUGAGGAGAAGUCACACCUCAGAGGAGGCCUGCAGGUGGGUGAAGAAGAGGGUGUUCUCUGCUCGGACGUUUCUUGGCGAGUGUUGGUGCCACGACUACUUCGGGGCUCUUCUGCGCCCUGCCCUGGCCCCAGGCUGGGCAGUGGACACGAACAAGCCGAGGUGGCUCAAGAAUAAGACAUCCCGUGGCCUUGCUGGGAAUUCCUUCUGGGCACCCGAAUGUGCGGCUCCAGAUCUGGCUGCUUGGCGCCGUGUCCUGGCUGGAGGUGCUGGAGUCUUGACUUCGCCUCCUCACUCCAUGGCCGGCUCGACUCCUGCGCCCCGGAACCCGGCCGCGUGUGAUGGGCCAGGACCUGACUGAGGACGAGGAUUCGUUCUCAAAAAGCUGGGACUUCCCCUCGAGAACCUGGGGCUGGGACAGGACCACGUGACCAGGAGCAAGUCACUGAAACCUCCUGUGCCUCGAUUCCCCCCUUCUGCCAAGUGGGGCUAAUGGUUCUUGUUUGCCAGCACUCUCGCUCACAAGUGCUGAAUAAGGGCAAAACUGUACCCUCUCUGUAUCUCCAUAUGCGUGCACACCGCACACAUUCACGUAGCUGCGUCUCAGUGUCUUUUUCAAGCGAAGGCUCCUGAGUUGGGGUGGAGAGGUGAGGGCCAGUUGGGGCUUCUGGGGCCGAAACAUGGGUCUUUGCUCAGCUGUGAGCAAACCAGGACCAAUUGGCAGGACUGUGUGGGUUUCGGUUUGAAGACUGUGCACUGCCUCUUCCCUCUCCCCCCAGAAACGGGUUUGGCAGCCCCUCUGAGUGGGCCAGGCCGGCUCCUGGCUGUGCAGACGGCCCUCCCUGGUCCCCGGGCCGGUGAGGAUGGAGUUCUUCCAGGCUGGGACUGGAGGGUGGGUGGGGAGAGCAAUUGCUCUGCCCACCCGAUGUGCCCUUCGGCCCCUGGGGCCCAGAGUCCCUCUCUGCAGCGGGGCGGGGCCUCUGGUCUGUUCCACCCAGGUGUGGGCUUCACUGCCCUCAGGGCCUACCAUGGGGUCAGGAGUGGAUAUUUGUUCUGUUCUCAGAAUAAACGUUAUUAUAGUCCCAGAAAGA